AUGGUGAAAUUGGCCUAGUCCAAUUCCAAUCUAUAUUAUUUAAUUUUUAAUGCGCAGUGUAAUACGGCCUUUAGGAAGAUCCAAACAGCUUUUUGAGAUUUCACUUUGAUCGGAAUUGGAAUGUUGUCUUUUUUUUUCUAUCUUCGUCUUCGCUCAUGUGUUUACAUCAAGAUACAAAUGUAAGACUGAAUUUGAAUCUGAGAGAAUCUAUACGAAAUUUACUAUCUGAGAAUUUUGUACUCGAGUGUAAAAACAAAGCAAAAAUACAUAUUGCUGAUUAGAAGAAACAAAAUCUACUUUCAUGAGUAAUAUUAAGCAAGGAUUUAUUGCUGUGCAUGUGGGUGCUGGGCAGCAUUCUGCAUCCCUUAAAGAAAAAUAUCAAAAGUUGUGCCAUGAAGCAUGCAAAGUGGGAGCUCAAAGUUUGACAUCCAAUGGCAAUGCAUUAGAUGCAGUAGUGGAAACAGUAAUGGUGUUAGAAGAUUCACCCAUGACAAAUGCUGGAUUUGGAUCAAAUCUCACUUUGAAUGGAACAGUAGAAUGUGAUGCAAGCGUGAUGGAUGGCCAUAGUUUGCAGUAUGGUGCAAUCGGUGCAGUUAGUGGAAUAAAGAAUCCAGUUCUAUUGGCAAAGCGUUUGUGCGAACAACAAUCUAUUAAAUUUGCAUAUGGCCGAAUCCCACCUAGCUUUUUAGUUGGAAAUGGUGCACAUAUUUGGGCACAUGAGAUGGGCAUACAGACAUUACCACCAGAACAAUUAAUAUCAAUGAGAGCUCAAAAAAUAUAUAAACACUAUAAAAGAAAAGUGGAAGACAGUAGUGUAGAAGUUCAAAAGUGUGCUAAGAAAAGGAUGGACACAGUAGGUGCAAUAUGUGUUGACGACGAUGGGAAUAUUGCUGCGGCUUGCUCGAGUGGUGGUAUAAUUCUGAAAUAUCCUGGAAGAGUCGGACAGGCUGGAGUAUGGGGUUGUGGUGCCUGGGCUUGUAAGGAUACUUCUUAUUCAGUGGGCGCUAGCACAUCAGGUUGCGGGGAACAUCUUGUGCGCACCUCGUUAGCGCGUACAGUUGCAGAAGCUAUUUCGAAUACCUCUUGUCCGACUACGAGUCUCCAUCGAGCGAUGAACGUAGAUUUUAUCGAUUCGAAAUUUCUCUAUGGACUCGAACAGAAACUAGGCGGUGUGAUCACUAUACGUUAUUCGCCACAAGAAGGAGUGGGCGAUUUUCUCUGGAGCCAUUCUACGAAUUCCAUGAUAAUAGGUUACAUGAAUACAUGUCGACGUACACCAGUGAGCUAUAUGUCGGCCUUACCAUCGCACGAGGUAGGUAAGAAAGCUAUUGUCGAAGGUGUCUGCUUCAAGUUAAAAUCUGAAGCAAAGUCUGAGUAAAAUAAUGAUAUUAUCUGUGAUGUAAAAGGUUUUGUAAAAAUAACUCGUAGCCUAAAAUACUUUAUAUAUGAAAUUUUUAUAUGGAUUCGCGUCAAUUUGUUUCAUGGGGUUCACACAUAACAGUACUGCCAGAUUUAAUCGUUUUACAGUCACAAUUUUGCGAAAUACACAUAUAUUUUCCUAAAUUUUUAACUUGUAAACUUGUGCAUAUAAAUACAUGAAUCCUGAUAACAGUUUAAAA